AUGCUUUGUUGGGUGUACCACAGUGGCCAAGACGGACCCCUCUUUAACUACAUGCCCGAUGGAGUCUGGGGAGUACACCUAUGGGCGAUUGAUGGUCAACUGUUUGUUCGCUUCACAAAACGGGACUACUCAUUUACCAUCAGCCUAUUGCACACCGCUCUAGCUGGUGGAUGGAAGUUUGUUGGCGCUACAUACGACCGCAGUACCGGUGAUGCAAAACUAUGGGUCGAUGGAUUCGUAGUUCAGACUCUGAACAUUGGAGCAGGACUGGACCUAGCCACUCAGGACAGCAUAAGGAUGGGAGCAAAGAAUGGUGAUAGCAGGUACUUCAAAGGAAGGAUCGCUCAGAUGCAGGUAUACGACAAGGCCUUAACUCAGGAACAAAUACAAGUGAUACAACAACAAACUGAAGCUGUCGGUGAGUAUUCAUCGUUUAGAACUGACUGUAUCUACGAUCUUUCUUUGGCUAAGCGUCGUGUCGAAUGCUGUGUAAACGACAUUGAUUGUUGGAUGGAUGGUGAACAAUGGUCUUAAACUCAACCAGGAUAACACUGAACUUAUUCUCAUCAGCUCAAAAUUUCGCCGCAGGCCUUCUCUAGAGUUUAUCCAAGUGGUUGAUGAGAAGAUCCAACCAAACCCUCCACCCGAAAUUUGGGGGUGAUUAUAGAUUAGUGUCUUGAUUUAACCGACCAUGUUAACAAAAUCUGCGUUUCCUGUCAGUAUCAUUUAAGGAACAUAGCUAAGAUCAGGAAGUACUUAAGUGAAGAUACCUCUCAAAUUUUAGUACCUGCGUUUAUUAGCUCUAAACUCGAUAACUGUAACUCUUUGUUACAUGGUCUUCCUAAGCACCUGUUAAACAAGUUAAGACUGACACAAAACACUGCUGCACGCAUUGUUACAUUAUCUAAGCAAUUUGACUAUAAAAAAAUUAUCACUCCUAUCCUGUUCAAACUUCAUUGGUUGCCGCUGGGUUAUGGCAUACAUUUUAAAAUUUUGCUCUUAGUUUACAAAUGUCUAAAUGGCUUGGCACCAACUUACCUAUCCGAACUUUUACGCUACACUAAUGGUCCACGAUUACUUCGUUCUAGUUCCCAGAAUUUUCUAGCCGUGCCUAGGACUAGGUUAAAGACGUAUGGUGAUAGGGCUUUUUCUGCAGCUGCUCCUAGGUUAUGGAACCAAUUGCCCUCUGAACUCAGGCGUGUUACAUCUGUCAACCAGUUCAGGACGAAGUUGAAGACAUAGUUAUUUAAAUAAGCCUACGAUGUUUGAUUUUGGUAGCUUUAUUUAAUUUUUAUUUUAUCUUAUAACAGUUUUUAACUCUAGUUUCUUACCAUAUUAUUGUACAGCGCUUUGAGCAAUUAGUGGAUACCGCGCUAUAUAAGUGUCUAUUAUUAUUAUUAUUAUGAUGAUGAUGAUGAUGAUGAUGAUGAUGAUGAUGAUGAUGAUGAUGAUGAUGAUGAUGAUGAUGAUGAUGUGAGGAGAGAAAAAUGUCCCGUGGAAGCACCCAAGUUUCGGGUACCAAACUGGUUAUUUUCAGCGUGAUGUUCAGUUUUUAUAACAAAAUUUUAAACCCCUCCUUGACACCUGUCAGGUUUUAAUUUUGAGAGCGAAUUUAAAGAACAAUGGUGCGCUGGUAUGCUCUGGCAUUCUCCAAAAAUAAGUCAGGCCAAUAACUUCUUAUUCAAAAUUUUACCUUAAAAAUAACAACAUGGACAGUGAAAUUAAGAUUUAUCAAUUCAAAAUGGUUGUCAUCUUGGCUGUCGUGCUGCAUUUUAUAGUUACCAAGAGCAAUAAUGGCUCUUGAUUUUACUUAGAACAUAAUGUCAGUACAAACUAAACAUUUUUCGAGUAGUUAGGAGGUCUAAGAUAUUUUAUUACAACGUAUGCCUUUCGCUGCUUUUGAACAGGAGCCAUAGUCGAUUUGCACUAAGAAGAAAAUCAAUGCCGGGAAAAAUAACAGAUACAUCGAGAUAUAAAAAUUCAAAUAACUUUCAACAAUUUAGUUCUUAGAAUUUCUUAUCAACAGUUGAGUGUUUUGAUCAAAUAAUCGGUUCCUUUAAAUGUUAUUAGUCUGACCUGGGACAGAAACAUGCGCGAACUUUGGUUAUGACUGAUGUGUUCACCUACUUUGUAAUGUAGCGGAGUAUUACAUUUAUUUUGUGUUGUUUUCCUUGGUGAUAUCCGCUUCCAAAAGAUGUAACUGUGCUGACAUUUUUAUGAUGGGGCGGGGGAUGGGAAGGGGGAGCUCUUCUUCAAACGAUCUUCAACUGAUAUCUAUUUAAUGGAGCCAAAACCAACUGUAUUGGACGGCAUUUUUGUCAUCAUACUACAUAUGACUUAAACACUCACCAAGCGCGAGGUCAAGAUGGUAGGAUGUUGGCCAGUCCUUUUUUUUUGCUGCAACUGUGCCGUAACAUGCCGUAUCGAUGUCGUUAAAAUUUUGAAAGUUACUGGCAGCCCGCUGCCCGGCUUUCAUGAACUCUGAAAAGGGAAAUUAAGGAAAGCCAAUUGGUUUGCUACCCAAACCGGAAAACAAUGGUAAACAAUGAAUUACCAUUGUUUAAAAGAACGAAUCAAGAAAGACCUUACGAGCAGCUCCUAAAUUGCCGCCGGGGAAAAUCAAUCGUGUUUAUAUUAUUCAAGCCGGAGAUCCUACGCUCCUCCUUUCUGUGUGACAGCUAUUGACGGCUUGAUUAUCGCUCAGUUUACAUAUUCCUUAAUUUUCAACACUUGAACUUCUGUCUAAGACUAAGUCUUUUAAAUAGGUCAUAAACGACCGGAAUAACUAAUCGAAAGAAUAACCGGGAUCCUUCUUUCUACAGUUGCGUUAUCAUGCACCUACUUAAAGAACAGAGACCCUACAGCAAAAAGUGGAUAUUACGACAUUGAUCCAGAUGGCGAAGGAGAUCUGGCACCAUUCUCAGUGUACUGUGACAUGACUUACAAGAAUGGAAUUGGCGUGACUGUCAUCAGUCACGACAGUGAGAACAGGACUCAUGUGAAAGGAUUUGAAAACCCGGGUAGCUACUCACGUAUCAUUAAUUACAAUGGAGCGAGUCUGUCUCAGUUGGCCAAUCUCACCAGAAUCUCCUCGCACUGUGAGCAGUUUGUAAAGUAUGACUGUUAUAAAUCGAAGAUGUUCAGGAACAGCGGAUAUGCUUGGUGGGUGUCACGUGAUUCCACUAAGAUGACAUACUGGGGUGGAGCAUCACCUGGCAGUGGUAAGUGCGCAUGCGGAAUGACCAACUCAUGUGCAGAACCCAGUGAUGUCUGUAACUGUGAUAAGAAUGACGAUGUAUGGCGUGAAGACAGCGGUCAUCCUCACCGACAAGACAAAACUUCCAGUAAUAGAGCUCAGGUUUGGUGA